UGCCUCCUGCCAAAAGUAAAGAGCGAAUCUCAGUUGCAAUGGCUCUGCUAAAACUUGAUCAUGCGGGAUUUCAAAUGAUAAAGAGCUGCCGGGCUGCUAUUUACUGCGGUGGGAACAAGUUGCAGGAUGAAAUCCAGGCGUUAAGGGACCUAUUUUCCACUUCAUUGUUUGCAAAGGAAUCUACUGAAAUGACUUUGAGGAUCUUUAAACUGGAACUAUGUGGAGGGAGAAUGCAGGGAUAAAGCUGGCAAAGAUGAGGAAAAUUGGCUGUGCUCUCCUGGUACUCCAAGCUCUUCUGGCACCUUUGGAUCUUGUUCGUGGAGCAGAGAAAAAUUAUCCCAUCCUGAACAUUGCAGUGAUUCUGGGAAGGACCAAAUACAUAACAGAGAGAGAUAUCAGAGCUCUCUGGACCAGGGAAAUGUCAGCAGACCUGACUGUUGAUAUCAAUGUAGUGACUCUUCUUGUGAACCAGACUGACCCUAAGAGCAUCAUAACACAUGUUUGUGACUUGAUGUCAGGCACCAAGAUCCAUGGAGUGGUUUUUGGAGAUGACACAGAUCAGGAGGCAGUAGCUCAGAUUUUGGAUUUUAUUUCAUCUCAGACUUCUAUUCCAAUUCUUGGAAUUCAUGGCGGGGCCUCCAUGAUAAUGGCAGAUAAGGAUGUCAUGUCCACGUUCUUCCAGUUUGGGGCUUCCAUCCAGCAAGAAGCCAUUAUCAUGCUGAAGAUUAUGCAGGAUUAUGACUGGCACGUGUUCUCUCUGGUGACCACCACUUUCCCUGGAUAUCGAGAUUUCAUCAACGUCAUUAAGACCACUGUGGAAAACAGUUUUGUGGGCUGGGACAUGCAGAACAUCAUCAUACUCGAUACUGCCUUUGGAGAUGCCAAAACCCAAAUCCAGCUGAAGAAAAUCCAUUCGUCUGUCAUCCUGCUGUAUUGCUCCAAGGAUGAAGCUGUCUACAUCCUGGAUGAGGCUCGGUCCCUGGGCCUUACUGGCUAUGAUUUCUUUUGGAUAGUUCCCAGCCUGGUCAGUGGUAACACAGAAAUCACUCCCAAGGAGUUUCCUUCAGGACUCAUUUCAGCAGCUUAUGAUGAGUGGGACUACAGUUUAGAAGCUCGGGUACGGGAUGGCCUUGGGGUCAUUGCCACUGCUGCAUCAGCCAUGCUGGAAAAGUACUCCUUCAUUCCUGAAGCAAGAACGAGCUGCUAUGGACAACUGGAGAAAAACGACCGGCCCUCUCAAACCUUGCACAAGUUUAUGAUGAAUGUGACGUGGGAAGGCCGAGAUUUGUCCUUCACAGCAGAUGGCUACCAGGCCCACCCCAGGCUGGUGGUGAUCGUGCUCAACAACGAGCGGGAGUGGGAGAAGGUGGGGAAGUGGGAGAACAACUCCCUGAGCCUCAAGUACUCGGUGUGGCCGAGGUACAGCUCCUUCGCAGACAGCGACCCCGACGACAACCACCUGAGCAUUGUCACCCUGGAGGAGGCUCCCUUUGUCAUCGUGGAGGAUGUGGAUCCUCUCAUGGAAAGCUGCCAAAAAAACACGGUGCCAUGCCGGAAAUUUGUCAAACUUAACAACAAAACUAAUGAGGGAACUAACGUAAAGAAGUGCUGCAAAGGAUUCUGCAUCGAUAUCUUGAAGAAGUUGUCUAAAACUGUCAAGUUCACAUAUGACCUGUACUUGGUGACGAAUGGGAAGCACGGCAAAAAAGUCAAUAAUGUGUGGAAUGGAAUGAUUGGUGAAGUGGUGUACCACCGGGCAGUGAUGGCCGUGGGCUCUCUCACCAUCAACGAGGAGCGCUCAGAGGUCGUUGACUUUUCGGUGCCGUUCGUGGAGACUGGGAUCAGCGUCAUGGUGUCACGGAGCAACGGCACGGUUUCACCAUCUGCUUUCCUAGAGCCUUUUAGUGCUUCUGUCUGGGUGAUGAUGUUUGUGAUGCUUCUCAUCGUGUCUGCCAUGGCUGUCUUUAUAUUUGAGUACUUUAGUCCUGUAGGAUACAACAGAAACUUAGCACAAGGGAGAGAUCCCCAUGGACCAUCCUUCACCAUUGGAAAGGCAGUGUGGUUACUGUGGGGCUUGGUCUUCAACAACUCUGUGCCUGUGCAGAACCCCAAGGGGACAACGAGUAAGAUCAUGGUGUCAGUCUGGGCUUUCUUUGCUGUCAUUUUCCUGGCCAGUUACACUGCCAACUUAGCUGCCUUUAUGAUUCAAGAGGAAUUUGUUGACCAAGUGACUGGGCUGAGUGAUAAAAAGUUUCAAAGGCCACAUGAUUAUUCACCUCCUUUUCGGUUUGGAACGGUCCCAAAUGGAAGCACUGAGAGGAAUAUCAGAAACAACUACCCUGAUAUGCACCUCUACAUGACCAAGUUUAACCAGAAAGGAGUCGAAGAUGCCUUGGUCAGCUUGAAAACUGGGAAGUUGGAUGCUUUCAUCUAUGAUGCAGCAGUGCUGAAUUACAAGGCUGGAAGAGAUGAAGGCUGCAAACUUGUCACCAUAGGCAGUGGGUACAUCUUUGCCACUACUGGCUAUGGGAUUGCUCUCCAGAAAGGAUCACCUUGGAAGAGACAAAUUGAUCUCGCCCUCCUUCAGUUUGUGGGAGACGGGGAAAUGGAAGAGUUAGAAACCCUGUGGCUGACUGGUAUUUGUCACAACGAGAAGAACGAAGUCAUGAGCAGCCAGCUGGACAUCGACAACAUGGCAGGAGUGUUUUAUAUGCUCGCAGCAGCCAUGGCACUCAGCUUAAUAACCUUUGUCUGGGAGCACUUAUUUUACUGGAAACUUAGAUUCUGCUUCACUGGAGUCUGCUCAGAUAGGCCGGGAUUGCUGUUCUCAAUCAGCAGGGGUAUUUACAGUUGCAUUCAUGGAGUACACAUUGAAGAGAAGAAGAAGUCUCCUGACUUUUCUUUGACCAAUUCACAAACCAACAUGUUAAAACUGCUGCGAACAGCGAAAAACAUGACCAAUAUCAAUCCUUCAAGAAUUGACUCCCCCAAAAGAACAGCUGAUUUUAUUCAGAGGGGUUCUUUGAUUAUGGACAUGGUCAUGGAUAAGGGAAACUUGAUAUUUUCUGAUAACAGAUCCUUUCAGACAAAGGAUAACUUUUUUGGUGACAACAUAAGUGAACUGCAGACACUUCCUGGCAAUCGACACAAGGACAAUCUGAACAACUAUGUUUUCCAAGGGCAGCAUCCUCUCACACUGAAUGAAUCCAAUCCAAAUACAGUAGAGGUUGCAGUAACAACAGAAGCAAAAGUGAACUCCAGACCCAGGCAGCUUUGGAAGAAAUCUGUUGAAUCUUUACGGCAAGAUUCUGUACGUCAGGGCCAAGGUUCCCAGAGAGAAAACGGGUCAGAGGAAAGCAGGCAGCUUUCAUUGAAAAGCCCAAGAUACCUUCCUGAAGAGAUUGUCCAUUCAGAUGUCUCAGAGACAUCAAGCAGAGCUACUUGCCACAUGGAAGCUGAAAACAACAACAAGCACCACAAAACCAAGGACAAUUUUAAAAAAAGGACAGUAGCAUCAAAAUACCCAAAAGACUGUAGUGAUGUGGAACUGACAUAUCUGAAAACCAAACAGGGCUCUCCACGGGAUAAAAUCUACACGAUUGAUGCUGACAAGGAGCCAGGAUUCCGCUUGGACACACCUCAGUACAUCGAAAACAUUGUCCUUCCAGAACCUGUAGAGCUUCCUGAUGUUUACCAAGACCACAAUGACAACUACAGGAAAGCUGAACACGCUAACAGGACUCCAUCACAUAAUGAAGACAGUCUUCCAAAUAAUGACCAGUAUAAACUUUAUGGAAAGCACUACACUCUCAAAGAAAAAAAUACUUCCCUAGGUGACAUGAACGAUAGGUACAGGCAGAAUUCCACGCACUGCAGGAGCUGUCUCUCCAACAUGCCCACCUACGCGGGGCACUACUCGACCAGAUCUCCCUAUAAAUGCGAUGCAUGCUUGCGGAUGGGGAACCUCUAUGAUAUUGAGGAAGAUCAGAUGCUGCAGGAUACAACGAACUUAUCACUUCCUGAAGAAAUAUAUGAGCGUACUUGGUCGCAAAGUAGUGCUCUGCAAUAUCAUAAAAAGAAUAAACUGAGGAUUAGCAGGCAACACUCUUUUGAUAAUAUCGCUGAUAAGUCCAGGGAAAUUGAUAUUGGAAGACCUUCUCGUAGUAUAAGCUUGAAAGAAAGAGAGAAAUUUCUUCAAAGUAGUCCAUAUGCAAGCAUGUUUAGUGUUCCCUCAAGCAAACUGUUGAGCAACAAGGCCUCACUUUUAACUCAUGCUCUGGAGGACAGUAAGCGGAGCAAGUCCCUGUACGCUGUUCACUCGGAUGAUAACCCCUUCCUGCACUCCUAUCGUGAUGACCAGCAUUUGUCUCUUAGGCGAAGUCCAGCUGAUCUUUAUAAACACUCAUUGCCAACAAGAGGAAGAAAUGAUAAUUAUUUAAGGUCAUCCAUACAGUCCACAGCAUCAUACUCUUCCAGGGAUGGUCGGAUCCAUAAUGACAUGUACAUUUCAGAGCAUGUUUUGCCUUACGUUGCAAAUAGGAAUAGCUUGUACUCAACUCCAAGGGUUUUAAAUUCCUGUAGCAAUACACGUGUGUAUAAGAAAAGGCCUAGCAUUGAAUCAGAUGUUUAAAUUUUCCAUGAAUACUUUAUCUAUAGGGAAAGAAUAGUUGCCACCAUCUUAGAGGGAGAAUUUUUCCUUUAACAGUAUCCUGCUCUGGUAAAUGAUACGUAAACCUCUCCCCUUCCCAAUGUACUUUUGUACAUGAAUAGGUAAACUGGUAUGCUCUGAUCUAUCCUUUUAAAAUAUGUCUUGUUAAAAAGGAUAAAAAAUAGCCAUUUAUGUGUGCUUUAUAUAUAAAUGGCAAGUUGUACUGAAAUAGCCCCAAUAUAUGUUGGCAACUAUGCUGUUUUGUACCUAAUUAUUUUACUAUUUCGGUUAUUCUAAUUUAUGUUGCUAAGUAUCAUUCAAUGUACUUUUGUCCUUAGAAAUGUUUAAUGAUUUUCUAGUACUGGAUAAGCAAUAUGGUAUGCAUGUAGUAUGACACAGACAACAAGAAAUAGGGAUGCAUUUGCACAGACUCAAAAGUAAAAGAGAACAGAAAGCUAAGACUUCCAAAAAUAUAUUUUAGCUUCAUAAUCAUUUUCAAAGCCAAAUAAUAUUUUAAAAACACCCCAAGCCCCAG